AGGCGUAAUAUAUAAGCCUAUGUAUAUUUUAUCAGAUAUAGGGCGUCAACACCUCGAAGUCGCAAGCAUAAGAACAGAAAGUGAAACGUCCACAUUUUAUUACGGUGUUUUGCAGUAACUUGCUUUUAGGUGUUCUCCUAAAAUGGGAAAGAUUUACCAGAUCAUGGUGGUUGGAAUAAAGGGAGAGAAAAAAACUGUUGAUGUUGCCACAUCAGAGGAAGAAUUCAACAAAAUUACUAUUUUGGAAUUCAAAAAGAAGGUUGCACAAAAAUUGCCGGGUCAAGCAGGGGAUGAUCCAUCGUCCCUGAGACUGCUGUACACAGAUAAACAACUAGAGGACAAUGAUACGUUUUUAGACCACCAAAUUAAAGAUCGCUCCACUCUCUUCAUGGUCUUACGUCUACCUGGAGGUUUCCAAACAUGCUGAGAAGGCCAUCUCAAGGGUCUCGGCGUUGGGACAGCUUUCAUGCAGACUCAGAGACAUUUGUUGUUUACUAUGGGUGUAAUGAGUGUGUAAUCUGUACAGACUAUUGUAAAUGGGAUUUGUCCGUCACACACAUCGGGGAUAAUCGGAGAACAUUCUUUAAUCCUACCCAGUCUUGGGUAUUUUAUCAAUGAAGAAAAGUCUUUAAGAAUUACACCUAUGACUUGCGAUUUGUCUUGACAUGUCUUUAUUCUUGAAAUGCACAAAUUAAUAGGCUAGACCAGGCCUAACUUCUUAAUAUAAAUGAUAUAAUAAAAUUUGAAUGCUAUAACAAA